CGCACUUUGGCAGCCCUGGUCAGAGUUAGCUGCCUGGAUCGCGGUCGCGCUGGGGCAGCCCAGAUCAGAGACAGCUGCUGCCCGCCAAACCAGGGCAGUUCAGAUUGCAAGCGCACACCAGAAGCCCGGGUCAGAGUUAGCUGCCUGGAUCGCGGUCGCGCUGGGGCAGCCCAGAUCAGAGACAGCUGCUGCCUGCCAAACCGGGGCAGUUCAGAUCGCAAGUGCGCACCGGAAGCCCGGGUCAGAGUUAGCUGCCUGGAUCGCGAUCGCGCUGGGGCAGCCCAGAUCAGAGACAGCUGCUGCCCGCCAAACCGGGGCAGCUCAGAUCAGAGACAGCUGCUGCCCGCCAAACCGGGGCAGCUCAGAUUGCAAUAUAGAUCAGAUGAGAGCCAGGGGACGUCUCCCACCGGUCUCCGCUGGCCGUCCUAUAGCGCGUCUGCCAGGACUGUGCCAGCUCCAGUUUCAGACCUCGCGAGUCACAGAUUCGGAUUCAGAACAGACACAGACAGACAAACGGAGACGAGCCAGCUCACCUAUCAGUAGAUCGAUCCUAGGAGAUCCAUUGACCAGGGGUCUGGUGGGCUUGGGGAAUCCCGGACGGGCCCCCAGAUGUUAUGCCCAGAUCAUUAGUUCCCCAAAGAAGACCACCAGAGUCCAGAGUCAAAGCCAAGCGGCAAGGAUCUUUACUACAAGUUCGAACCUGGUCCCUCCAUUCCACAGCAUACAAGAGGGCCCUGAAAAAUGCGAGUGUUUGCUUUUUAUAGCCUGAAAGUUACAGGGGAACAAAGGAAUUCUUUUGGUUCCCACUCUUUCAGUAAAACUUUGAAUGGCUGUCCCCUUAUCGGAGACUUUCUUGGUGGUGUUUGUACUGGGCUCAGGAAGUUUGAGAGAUAUAUGGCGAUAUGUGGUGGGAUGGGAGGAUGGGAUGUGUUUGUACUGGGCUUGUUUGUUUUGAGCCCGGGGCUGAGGAAUGUGCCCGGCUCCUUUCAGGAUACAAGAGGAGGACGCAAAGGAGGCUUUGGAUUGGGAAGAAGGGUGGCAAUGAGAUAUAGCUGUAGUCCAGGAAUAGUCAGGGAAGCAGAUAAUUUAGUUAAAGUGUCUCAGCCUAAUAAGGGAACUGGGCAGGUGGGGAUAAAUAAAAGGAGUGCUUAAAAGAGUAUUGUCUGAGUUGGCACCAGAGUUGGGGAGUUUUAAGAGGUUUAGAAGCCUAGCCAUCAAUACCCACAACAGUUAUGGAGGCAAGGGAAACAUGCCCUUGAAAAGAAGGUAAUGUGGAGUGGGUAGCCUCUGUAUUGAUUAAGAAGGGGACGGGCUUACCUUCCACUGUGAGAGUUACCCGAAGCUCAGCAUCCAUGAUGGUCUAGGGGGCUUCCGAGGCGAUCGGGCAGUGUCAGUCUUCAGCCGCUAAGCUGAGAAGAUCUGGGAAGUAGUCAGUCAGAGAGCCUUGGGCCAGAGUUCCAGGGGCUCUGGGAGUGGCUGACAGGUGAGUUGAACAGUCCAGUUUUCAGUGGGGUCCCACAGAGAUGGGACGCGGCUUAGGAGGAAUCCCGGGCAGCGGGCAUUCCUUGGCCCAGUGGCCAGAUUUCCGGCACGUGUAGCAAGCACCUGUGGGAGGAGGUUCUGGAGGAACGCCUGGCCGCUGCAGUUCAGGUGUUUGGAAGUUCUUGUGUGGUGGAGAUGUGGCUGGGGUUUGUCUCACAGUGGAGGCAAGGAAUUGAAACUUUUUUCUACUAUCGUACACCUUGAAGGCGAGGUUAAUUAAAUCCUGUUAUGGGGUUUGAGGGUCAGAAUUUAAUUUUUGGAGUUUUAUUUAAUGUCGGGAGCAGAUUGGGUAAUAAAAUGUAUUUUGAGAAUAAGACGGCCUUUUGACCUUUUAGGGUCUAGGGCUGUAAAGUGUCUCAGGGUUGCUGCCAAACAAGUCAUGAACUGGGCUGGAUUUUUAUAUUUGAUGAAAAAGAACCUAAACGCUAUCUGAUUUGGGAUAAAGAAAAAGGAGCAUUAACCUUGACUAUGCCUUUGGCUCCAGCCACCUUUUUAAGAGUAAAUUGCUGGGCAGGUGGGGGAGGGCUAGUCACGGAACGAAACUGUAAGCCGGACCAGGUGUGAGGAGGGGAGGUGAUAAAAAGAUUAUAGGGUGGAGGAGCAGAGGCUGAGGGAGAAUUGGGACCUAGCUCGGCCUGGCGAGGAGCAGCCUGGGGAGGAAGGGAGAGGUCAGAUGGGUCUGUAGAAAAGGAAGAUUAGAAAGACUCAGCGACGCUUGGGGUUGGUACUGAGGGGACAGGUGGGAGGGAAAGAAGGAAGAUUUGGGACGAGUUGCACUGGGCACAGGGACUAGGAAGGGACUGAGUGUGUAAAAGAAUGCCUGGACGUCAGGCACCUCAGACCGUUUGCCUAUUUUAUGACAAUAAUUAUUUAGAUCUUGCAGGAUGGAAAAAUUCAAAGUGCCAUUUUCUGGCUAUUUGGAACUACUGUCGAGUUUGUAUUGGGGUCAAGUGGCAUUGCAGAAGAAAAUAAGGCAUUUAGGUUUUAGGUCAGGUGUGAGCUGAAGAGGUUUUAAGUUUUUGAGAACACAGGCUAAGGGAGAAGAAGGAGGAAUGGAAGGUGGAAGCUUACCCAUACUGAAGGAGGCAAGCCCAGAGAAAAGAGUAGAGACACGGAGAAGGGGCGGGGGGUUCUUGCCCUCCAGAAAAGCAGAGAAGGGGUUGGGGCACGGAAAUAAGGGAUUGGGGCACAGAGAUAAGAGGUCAGGGUGCGGAAAUAAGGGAUUGGGGCACAGAGAUAAGAGGUUGGGGUGCAGAAAUAAGCAAUUGGGGGCUUCUUGCCCCCUAGGAAAGCGGGACUUGCCACUAAGGGUGAAGGAGAAGGGGUUGAGGGGUACUUGCCCCUGCCCCAGGAAAGUGGGACUUGCCACUAAGGGUGAAGGACCAAGGCAGGCAUCCCUGCGUGGUCUGACACCCUUGAAAUGUGAGUGUAUAAUCAGAGAGGUGUCCCUGCAAUGAUUAAACACCAAGGGAAGGCUGCCUUCCCAGUCUGUGACCGGCGCCGGAGUUUUGGGUUCACAGAUAAAACAUGUCUCUUUUGUCUCUACCAGAAAAUGAAAGGAAUUGAAAUUAAGAGAAGGGAGAGAUUGAAGUGUGGCGCCGAGAUUGAAAGGAGAAAGAGUUUGAGGGAUAGUGAGGGAGGUUGGAGAAGAGAGUAAAAAGAGGCUGCUUACCGGAUUUGAAAUUGGUGAGAUGUUUCUUGGGCUGGUCGGUCUGAGGACCUGAGGUCGUAGGUGGAUGUUUCUCAUGGAGCAAAGAGCAGGAGGACAGGGGAUUGAUCUCCCAAGGGAGGUCCCCCAAUCCGAGUCACAGCACCAAAUUUCAUGCGCGUCCAUGUGAAGAGACCACCAAACAGGCUUUGUGUGAGCAACAUGGUUGUUUAUUUCACCUGGGUGCAGGCGGGCUGAGUCCGAAAAGAGAGUCAGCGAAGGGAGAUAAGGGUGGGGCCAUUUUAUAGGAUUUGGGGAGGUAAAGGAAAAUUACAGUCAAAGGGGGUUUGUUCUCUCGCGGGUAGGAGUGGGGGUUGCAAGGUGCUCAGUGGGCAGGAGUGGGAGUUGCAAGGUGCUCAGUGGGGGUGCUUUUUGAGCCAGGAUGAGCCAGGAAAAGGACUUUCACAAGGUAAUGUCAUCAGUUAAGGCAAGGACCGGCCAUUUACACUUCUUUUGUGGUGGAAUGUCAUCAGUUAAGGUGGGGCAGGGCAUAUUUACUUCUUUUGUGAUUCUUUAGUUGUUUCAGGCCAUCUGGGUGUAUACGUGCAAGUCACAGGGGAUGCGAUGGCUUGGCUUGGGCUCAGAGGCCUGACACUUAGUACAGAACAAAAUGGAGUCUCCUAUGUCUACUUCUUUCUACACAGACACAGUAACAAUCUGAUCUCUCUUUCUUUUCCCCACACUGGGAACUUUGGAUACCGUAUUUGCUGCAGAUAAUUAAUUAUACCAACAAAAUGCCAAGACCCCUGGAGCAAUAUGCCUCAACAGAGUAUCAAUAUACUUUAAUAAUUAUCUUCAGAAAGUAAAGGUCUGCUUCAAAAGAUAACCUUAAAACUCCAUAUCUUUGAUUCUGUUAGUUCCUAAGAUAAAAAAGAAAAUGCUGGUCAGUGUGUAUGAGUACAUAGUAGAAGAGGCUGAUGUGUUUGUGUGGGAAGGGAUGGGACAUUUCUCAGGAUUCUGGUUUUAAAGGUUUAUUAAAUAUAUGAAGAACCAGAGGAAGAUCACAAUGCUGACUGUGAGAAUACAAUUGUUCUGUGUGAACUUACUUUUUUAAGUCUGAGAGGCUGUUAGCAACUUGGGGCUCUGCCCUGGAAAGCACCAGGUUUACUGUUAUGAGAUCCUGUUGAUCUCUGGCUGCCAGAGUCUGUGUGACAGCAGACUGAAAUUGAUCUCCAUUUUUGCAGACAACGAUGAGCCUUAUUGGCUCGAGCCAGGACUUCUCAAGAACAUGGGAUGGACAUGCUCUCUUGCUCCUUCUCAUAAUUCAGGAAAUAUACUUGUCCCUGGGGUGGAACAUUGGCUUACUUGUGGGGCAAGAAUAUGAAACGCUCACCUUCCAAACCAACAGAACCUUUGUGUGACUACGACUGUCCAGCUACAGCACUCAUCUUUCCAUGCUACAAAUCACUAAGCUUGGCACCCUCAUGUCAGACUAAGAAGACAAAGAGUUUAUAACAUCAGGACAGUUUACAAAUUGUUUCUUUAAUAAAGAAGAGUCUCAGAGGGUAUUUCAUAAAAUAUGGUAUUAUCUCCUUUUCUUUCAUGCUAUUUUUACAUAAAGUCGAGCCAGCAAAGCUCUUUUAAAAUUAGUCUUUUUUGGGCCGAGCACAGUGGCUCACGCCUGUAAUCUAGCACUUUGGGAGGUGGAGGCAGGUGGAUCAUGAGAUCAGGAGAUCGAGACCAUCCUGGCUAACACGGUGAAACCCCGUCUCUACUAAAAUACAAAAAAUUAGCCAGGCGAGGUGGCGGGCAUCUGUAGUCCCAGCUAUGCGGGAGGCUGAGGCAGGAGAAUGGCUUGAACCCCGUGGGGCGGAUCCUGCAGUGAGCCAAGAUCGCGCCACUGCACUCUAGCCUGGGCGACAGCGAGACUCCAUCUCAAAAAAAAAAAAAACAACAUAAAAUAAAAUUAGUCUUUAUUUAUUAAACAUAUCAUUAAUCCUUUUCAAUGAGAGAAGUAAACUUCAAAUGAUCAGAAGUGGGAAAUGAAUUAGCACAAUUCUAGAAUACAUUAUUCCUGAAUCUAAUAAUUUCACAAGCAUCGUUAUUGCAUUUUCCACAGCCCAUUAGUAAGACAGUAGUGUCCAUUCAGAUUUGGUUUUUAAUCACUCCUUGGGAGAAAUGUUAUUACAGUUGUGAUCUUUCUUGAAAAAUUUGCCUAUGGGGCUAGAAUAUAAACUUAUAAACAGUCACAGAACCAAUCUGUCUGAAGGCAUUUUUUCUAUAAAAGAUGACAGUCCUAGGAACUUGUUGGCAAGAUGGGUGAAUAGGAACAGCUCCAGUCUGCAGCUCCCAGUGAGAUCAGUGCAGAAGGUAGGUGAUUUCUGCAUUUCCAACUGAGGUACCCAGUUCAUCUCAUUGGGACUGAUUGGACAGUGGGUCCAGCCCACGGAGAGUGAGCUGAAGCAGGGUGGGGCAUUACCUCACCCAGGAAGCACAAGGGGUCAGGGGAUUUCCUGUUCCGAGCCAAGGGAAGCCAUGAGAGACUGUACUGGGAGGAACAGUGAACUCCUGCCCAGAUACAGCAAUUUUCCCAUGGUCUUUACAACCAGCAGACCAGGAGAUUCCCUCCAGUGCCUGGCUUGGUGGGUCCCACCCCCAUGGAGCCCAGCAAGCUAAGAUCCACUGGCUUGAAAUUCUCACUGCCAGCACAGCAGUCUGAGGUCCACCUGGGAUGCUCAAGCUUGGUGGGGGCAGGGCGUAUGCCAUUGCUGAGGUUUGAGUAGGCAGUUUUACCUUCACAGUAUAAACAAAGCUGCAGGGAAGUUUGAACUGGAUGGAGCCCACCACAGCCCAGCAUGGCUGCUGAGGCCAGUCUGCCUCUCUAGGCAGGUCAUCUCUGAUUAAAAAGGCACCAGCCCCAGCCAGGGACUUAUAGAUAAAAACCCCAUCUCCCUGGGGGUGACUGUGGUAACAACUUCAGCAGACUUAAACAUCCCUGCCUCACAGCUCUUAAGAGAGCAGUGGAUCUCCCAGCACAGCAUUCAAGCUCUGAUAAGGGACAGGCUGCUUCCUCAAGUGGGUCCCAGACACUCAUGUGUCCUGACUGGCAGACGCCUCCCAGUAGGGGCCAACAGACACCUCAUACAGGAGAACUCUUGCUCGCAUCUGGCAGGUGCCGCUCUGGGACAAAGCUUCCAGAGGAAGGAACAGGCAGCAAUCUUACUGUUCUGCAGCCUCCACUGGUGAUACUCAGGCAAACAGGGUCUGGAAUGGACCUCCAGCAAAUUCCAGCAGACCUGCAGAAGAGGGGCCUGACUGUUAGAAGGAAAACUAACAAACAGAAAGGAGUAGUAGCAACAUCAACAAAAAAGACUUCCACUCAGAGACCCCCAUCCGAAGAUUACCAACAUCAAAGACCAAAGGUAGACAAAUCCAUGAAGAUGGGGAGAAACCAGUGUAAAAAGGCUGAAAACUCCAAAAACCAGAAUGCCUCUUCUCCUCCAAAGGAUCACAACUCCUUGCCAGCAUGGGAACAAAACUGGACAGAGAAUGAGUUUGACAAAUUGACAGAAGUAGGCUUCAGAAGGUGGGUAAUAACAAACUCCUGUGAGCUAAAGGAGCAUGUUCUAACACAAUGCAAGGAAGUUAAGAACCUUGAAAAAAGGUUAGAUGAAUUGCUAACUAGAAUAACCUGUUUAGAGAAGAACAUAAAUGACCUGAUGGAGCUGAAAAACACAGCAUGAGAAUGUCAUGAAGCACACACAAGUAUCAAUAGCCAAAUGAAUCAAGAAGAAUAAAGGAUAUCAGAGAUUGAAGAUCAACUCAAUGAAAUAAAGCGAGAAGACAAGAUUAGAGAAAAAAAAGAGUGAAAAGUCAUGAAGAAAGCUUCCAAGAAAUACAGGACUAUGUGAAAAGGCCAAAUCUACGUGUGAUUGGUGUACCUGAAAGUUACGGGGAGAAUGGAACUAAGUUGGAAAACACUCUUCAGGAUAUUAUCCAGCAGAACUUCCCCAACCUAAUAAGGCUGGCCAACAUUCAAAUUCAGGAAAUACAGAGAGCACCACAGAGAUAUUCCUUGAGAAGAGCAAUGCCAAGACACAUAAUCAUCAGAUUCAUCAAGGUUGAAAUGAAGGAAAAAAUGUUAAGGGCAGCCAGAGAGAAAGGUCAGGUUAUUCACAAAGGGAAGCCCAUCAGACUAACAGUGGAUGUCUCAGCAGGAACCCUGCAAGCCAGAAGAGAGUGGGGGCCAAUAUUCAACAUUCUUAAAGAAAACAAUGUUCAACCCAGAAUUUCAUAUCCAGCCAAACUAAGCUUCAUAAGCGAAGGAGAAAUAAAAUUCUUUACAGACAAGCAAAUGCUGAGAGAUUUUGUCACCACCAGGCCUGCCUUACAGGAGGCCCUGAAGGAAGCACUAAACGUGGAAAGGAACAACUGGUACCAGCCACUGAAAAAACAUACCAAACUGUAAAGACCAUUGACGCUAUGAAGAAACUGCAUCAACCAAUGGGCAAAAUAACCAGCUAGCAUCAUAAUGACAGGAUCAGAUUCACACAUAAUAAUAUUAACCAUAAAGGUAAAUGGGCUAAAUGCCCCAAUUAAAAGACACAGACUGGCAAAUUGGAUAAAGAGUCAAGACCCAUCGGUGUGCUGUAUUCAGGAGACAUAUCUCACAUGAAAAGACAUAUAUGGGCUCAAAAUAAAGGCAUGAAGGAAUAUUUACCAAGCAAACAGAAAGCAAAAAAAAGCAGGGGUUGCAAUCCUAGUCUCUGAUAAAACAGACUUUAACCAAACAAAGAUGAAAAGAGACAAAGAAGGCCAUUGUGUAAUGGUAAAGGGAUCAAUGGAACAAGAAAAGCUAACUAUCCUAAAUAUAUAUGCACCCAAUACAGGAGCACCCAAAUUCAUAAAGCAAGUUCUUAGAGACCUACAAAGAGACUUAGACUCCCAUACAAUAAUAGUGGGAGACUUUAACACCCCACUCUCAACACUAGACAUAUCAACGAGACAGAAAAUUAACAAGGAUAUCCAGGACUUGUACUCAGCUCUGGACCAAGCACACCUAAUAGACAUCUACAGAACUCUCCAUCCCAAAUCAACAGAAUAUGCAUUCUUCUCAGCACCACAUCACACUUAUUGUAAAAUUGACCACAUAAUUGGAAGUAAAACAAUCCUCAGCAAAUGUGAAAGAAAAGAAAUCAUAACAAACAGUCUCUCAGACCACAGUGCAAUCGAAUUAGAACUCAGAUUAAGAAACUCACUCAAAACCACACAACUACGUGGAAACUGAACAACCUGAUCCUGAAUGACUACUGGGUAAAUAAUGAAAUGAAGGCAUAAAGAAAGAUUUUCUUUGAAACCAGUGAGAACAAAGACACAAUGUAGCAGAAUCUCUGGGGUGCAGCUAAAGCAGUGUUUAGAGGGAAAUUUAUAGCACUAAGUGUCCACAAGAGAAAGCAGGAAAGAUCUAAAAUCAACACCCAAACAUCACAAUUAAAAGCAUUAGAGAAGUAAGAGCAAACAAAUUCAAAAGCUAGCAGAAGACAAGAAAUAACUACCAUCAGAGAUUAACUGAAGGAGAUAGGCAAAAAUCCUUCAAAAAAAUCAAUGAAUCCAGGACCCAUUUUUUAAAACAGAUUGACAAAAUAGACCACUAGCAAACUAAUAAACAAGAAAAAGAGAAGAAUCAAGUAGACACAAUAAAAAAAUGAUAAAGGGGAUAUCACCACUGAUCCCACAGAAAUACAAACUACCAUCAGAGAAUACUAUGAACACCUCUAUGCAAAUAAACUAGAAAAUCUAGAAGAAAUGGAUAAAUUCCUGGACACAUGCACCCUUCCAAGUCUAAAUCAGGAAGAAGUCAGAUCCCUGAAUAGACCAAUAAUAAGUUCUGAAAUUGAGGCAGUAAUUAAUAGCCUACCAACCAAAAAAGUCCAGGACCAGAUGGAUUCACAGCCGAAUUCUACCAGAGGUACAAAGAGGAGCUGGUACCAUUCCUUCUGAAACUGUUCCAAUCAAUAGAAAAAGAGGGAAUCUUCCCUAACUCAUUUUAUGAGGCCAGCAUUUUCCUGAUACCAAAACCUGGCAGAGACACAACAAAAAAAGUAAAUUUUAGACCAAUAUCCCUGAUGAACAUCAAUGCAAAAAUCCUCAGCAAAAUACUGGCAAACUGAAUCCAGCAGCACAUCAAAAAGCUUAUCCACCACGAUCAAGUCGGCUUCAUAUCUGGGAUGCAAGGCUGGUUCAACAUAUGCAAAUCAAUAAAUGUAAUCCAUCACAUAAACAGAACCAAUGACAAAAACCACAUGAUUAUCUCAAUAGAUGCAGAAAAGGCCUUCGACAAAAUUCAACAGCCCUUCAUGCUAAAAACUCUCAAUAAACUAGGUAUUGAUGGAACAUACCUCAAAAUAUUAAGAGCUAUUGAUGACAAACCCACAGCCAAUAUCACACUGAACUAGCAAAAAUUGGAAGCAUUCCCUUUGAAAACUGGCAGAAGACAAGGUGCCCUCUCUCACCACUCCUAUUCAACAUAGUAUUGGAAGUUCUGGCCAGGGCAAUCAGGCAAGAAAAAGAAAUAAAGAGUAUUCAAUUAGUAAAAGAGGAAGUCAAAUGGUCUCUGUUGGCAGGUGGCAUGAUUGUAUAUUUAGGAAACCCCAUCAUCUCAGCCUCAAAUCUCCUUAAGCUGAUAAGCAACUUCAGCAAAGUUUCAGGUUACAAAAUCAAAGUGCAAAAAUCACAAGCAUUCCUAUACACUAAUAACUGACAAACAGAGAGCCAAAUCAUGAGUGAACUCCCAUUCACUAUUGCUACAAAGAGAAUAAAAUACCUAGGAAUACAACUUAAAAGGGAUAUGAAGGACCUCUUCAAGGAGAACUACAAACCACUGCUCAAGGAAAUAAGAGAGGACACAAACAAAUGGAAAAACAUUCUAUGCUCAUGGAUAGGAAGAAUCAGUAUUGUGAAAAUGGCCAUACUGCCCAAAGUAAUUCAUAGAUUCAAUGCUAUCCCCAUCAAGUUACCAUUGACUUUCUUCACAGAAUUGGAAAAAACUACUUUAAAUUUCAUAUGGAACCAAAAAAGAGCCCACGUAGCCAAGACAACCCUAAGCAAAAAGAAAAAAGCUGGAGGCAUCAUGUUACUUGACUUCAAACUAUACUACAAGGCUAUAGUAAUAAAAACAGCAUGGUACUGGUACCAAAGCAGAUAUAUAGACCAAUGGAACAGAAUAGAGGCCUCAGAAACAACACCACCCAUCUACAACCAUCUGAUCUUUGACAAACCUGACAAAAACAAGCAAUGGGGAAAAGAUUCCCUAUUUAAUAAAUGGUGUCAUAAAAACUGGCUAGCCAUAUGCAGAAAGCUGAAACUGGAUCCUUUCCUUACACCUUAUAGAAAAAUUAACUCAAGAUGGAUUAAGAACUUAAACAUAAGACCUAAAACCAUAAAAACCCUAGAAGAAAACAUAGGCAAUACCAUUCAGGACAUAGGCAUGGGCGAAGACUUCCUGACUAAAACACCAAGAGCAAUGGCAACCAAAGCCAAAAUAGACAAAUGGAAUCUAAUUAAUCUGAAGAGCUUCUGAACAGCAAAAGAAACUAUCAUCAGAUUGAACAGGCAACCUACAGAAUGGGAGAAAAUUUUUGCAAUCUAUCCAUCUGACAAAGGGCUAAUAUCCAGAAUCUACGGAGAACUUACACAAAUUUACAAGAAAAAAUAAACCACCCCAUCAAAAAGUGGGCAAAGGAUGUGAACAGACACUUCUCAAAAGAAGACAUUUAUGCAGCCAACAAACAUAUGAAAAAAUGCUUAUCAUCACUGGUCAUUAGAGAAAUGCAAAUCAAAACCACAAUGAGAUACCAUCUCAUGUCAGUUAUAAUGGCGAUCAUUAACAAGUCAGGAAACAACAGAUGCUGGAGAGGAUAUGGAGAAAUAGAAGCACUUUUAUACUGUUAGUUUAAGAGUAUAAAUUCGUUCAACCGUUGUGGAAGACAGUGUAGUGAUUCCUUAAGGAUCUAGAACUAGAAAUACCAUUUGACCCAGCAAUCCCAUUACUGGCUAUAUACCCAAAAGCUUAUAAAUCAUUCAAGUAUAAAGACACAUGCACACAUAUGUUUAUUACAGCACUGUUCACAAUAGCAAAGACUUGGAACCAACCCAAAUACCCAUCAAUGAUAGACUGGAUAAAGAAAGUGUGGCACAUAUACACCAUGGAACACUAUACAGCCAUAAAAAAGGAUGAGUUCAUGACCUUGGCAGGGACAUGGAUGAAGCUGGGAACCAUCAUUCUCAGCAAACUGUCACAAGAAGAGAAAAACAAACACCACAUAUUCUCACUCAUAAGUGGGAGUUGAACAAUGAGAACACAUGGACACAGGGAGGGGAACAUCACACACCGGGGCCUGCCGAGUGGUGGGAGGCUAGGGAAGGGAUAGCAUUAGGAGAAAUACCUAAUGUAGAUGACAGGUUGUUGGGUGCAGCAAACCACCACGGCACAUGUGUACCUAUGCAACAAACCUCACCGUUCUGCACAGGUACCCCAGGACUUAAAGUAUAAUAAUAAUUUAAAAAAAUAUUAUAGUCCUAUUCAGUAAAGCAAUUUACUUAAAAUGUACACAGGAUAAAGCACUAUGGGAGGGGUGAAGGGAAGGAGGGGAAAAACCACCAACAUAAGCUGAGGUCUGACUUUAUACUUGACAGGCCCUCAGACUCACUGGGGAGGGCCAUGCAUGAAUAGUUCACAAUUAAAUGGUAAAGCAAGGCAGCGUUGGAGGAUUUCCUGCCAGAGAAAUGGUGGAGGCAGAAAGAGUUUUGGGAAUGGAUGACAGCCAGCCAGAUCAGUUUCUUGGUGUAGUAGGAGUUAAAAAUACAUCUUCCUGAGGCCUUUGGGUGUGGUCGAAAACUAAGGGUGAAUGGACUCAAGCAGGUGGAAAGUGCUGUGAGCUUUAUGGACUUGAACUUGGCAUAGCAACACCUCUAAGGACUUUCAGAUCCUAAAUGCCAUGGUGGGGGUUUUCCUCAAGCUGUGCUUAACCCUUCUGAGUCUCUUAGGAGACUGACACAAUCCCUUCAUAUACCUAAGUGGGCAUCUUUUUCUCUGUAACUAAAGCCAAAUUCAUAUCAAUGAUGAACUGAACAGUACAAUGACUGUUUCUCUGCUGAAUACUACCAAUAGGGUGAAAUGAAUCACUCUGAGUCUAACUCAUGAAAGCAAGCAUUCUGGGAGAAAUGAUUCCCAUUUCCUUUCAUCCUACCCAUAACGGCAAGUGUGCAAAUCCCUACAUAGCAACCAAAUGUGUGCUCUUUAAAAAUAAAUUAACCUGAAUUACUCUGAAAGUCAAAUUGAAACCUCACUGACUUCACCUCUUAUUAAAAGAAGUUGCCCUAGACCAAAUCUGGAAGAAAUGCUUAAUUUUCCUUGACUCUAGAGUCAGUAACAGAAGAUCUAUUAUUAGAUGCAUUUCAGAGAUUGUUAGAAGUUAAAAAAAAUCUAUAGAGCACACAGUAUCCAAACAAAUUCAGGAUUCAGUGGUUCUAACACCUGUGGGUAUUAGAAGAUUGCUACUGAGCAUAGCCUUCAACAAGGUAAGACACAAAAACUUUUUUUUUCAAGUUAUUGAAAGUUUGUUCCUCUUGGCAUGCCUAGCUAUAUCUUAGAGCUCAGUGAUGAAAACCACUGAACUAAAAUACAUUGUCAGCUGAAGUCAUGUAUGGGGCUCCCUGACACCAUGUGAAGCUAUGCAUCUUUCUUGUGUGACUUAGCCAUUUCCUAUAGAGGUUGAUGGCCAUUGCAAGACACUAUGGAAUCACGUCACACAGCCCAUGCUGAAUGAUCUAAAGAGGUACCAUUAACCUCUUCUUGGCUCUUCCUAGUCACUAGCUCUCAUGGAAGAGCCUGGUGUUUCAUUAGAUAGCUAGGCCAUCUUGCCUGAUGUUUUUGAUUACAACCUUUAUUUUUAUUCAUAUCCUAUCAUUUUAAUAAUAUUUGAGAUGAUUUUGAGACUCUUUAAGUCCUUAUAAAGAUGGUUCUUGCUUAAAAGAGUAGGCAGUAACCCUUUUCCUUUCAAACUUGAUGUUUCCUACCUUGACCUUGACUCAGAAAAAAGGCCAGAGAUUGUUGUAAUGUAAGGGAACAUGCUGCAACAUCAUUCUGAAAUAACAAAACCAGGUGACAAUGCUUAUAGUCAUUAGCAACUGAAACCAAUAGAAAGUCCUUUGUAAUAAGCCACCUACACUAACAUAAAACUUUUAACAGAGAAAGUGUUAACAUAUGCUUUGUUAUUGCUUGGAAUUUGGAAGUUUUUAAAAAAUUUUUUUUCCAGGCAUGAUUUCUACUUUUAAGGAAAUAGCCCUUUCCAAUUUGCAUUCAUGUAGUACUUACUACAGUAUAUAGUUAAAAAAUGUAGAACUUUCCCAUAUUUAAAUUAAAAUUCCUUCACUUCUCUAAGUGAAGAAAACCAAAGGGAAUUCACAUUUUAAUUGAAAUGAAAAUAUAUAUUACAGUUUAGAAAAAAGUUAUCCUCAAAUAAAUUUCAUUGACGAGUUCUAGACAUUUUAUUUUGCUCACAAAAUUUUGUGUCACCAUAAGAGAUUUGAAAGACACGAAAGCAAAGAAAAGAGAAAGAGAAAAUAUAUGUCAGAAAUUGCUGAAAGAAAAAUCCACAUUUCACAUGUGGUUAUGUGAAAAAACACCUAUUCUCCCCUGUGGGCCAUUGAAACAAAUUGUUGAGAACAGGACCUUGUCUUGGUAAAAGGAAAAUAUAUAUUCCACACUUUAGGUAGAAGUUGAAAAUGAUAAACAAUGUGUCCGGGGAAGAAGUGGGAGAAAUUUUGUUGCUUCCAUAUGAAUAUGUCCAUGCCAUACAGAUUGCGGGCCUUGGGGGUGGUGCAGAAGGAAAGAAAUUCAUCUGUUAUCAGGGGUACAGCAGCACCCAGGGUCAGAGCAAAAGUCUCCCUCUAAAGAUGUUUAUUGACAUACAUGAUGAUGAAUAUGUUGACUUUAUGAACUCUUCUUUUUGGGGAGCAUGACAAGUGCAGUUUCCUCUGUGUACUCAUGCUUCAGUUUCUGGAAAUUUUACAUCCAGAGAUUAAUGAUCCAUCACAUAAUCUAUCAGGCCAAUGGAUUUAUUUUUCAAAAGACUUGCUGGAUGAUCCUGAUUUAAGUUAUUCACCUAAAAUUCUGAUUCACAGCCUCAAUUUGAUCAUUAAGCUAUUACCACUGCAUCCCCAAAUGGGUUUGCUGGUCAUCUCCGCAGUGAAGCCCAGUAAGAUUCUUUCCUUUUUAUUGCUUUUUUGUCUAGCAAUACCUGACUGUUCUAACCAGGCCUGCGAGAGGCCUACCUCUAGCAAUAAUGCUCAGUCAGCACACUCAAAAGGAUGUGUCUCUUCCAUGGAAACCUGUGACACUUCAAAUGCUUACCAACUUAUAUUAGAUUACCAUAUUACUAUAUUAGAAGAUUAGACAUAAGUGAUUUUUAGUAUAUUCAGAUGAUUAGUAACAUAUUAAUAUCUUCAUGGUAUAUUAGAUUAUUCAUUCAGCAAUUUUUGAAUACCUACUAUUUGUCAGAUACUCUUUUAGUCCUAUGAACAAAACCAUUAACAAAACAGACACAAAUCUUUGUGAUGUAGAAGGUUACAUUCUAUUAGGGGAAAAUAAAAUAAACCAUAACUGUAAUAAAUAAGUAAAUUAAAUGCUAUGGAAACAAAAGUAGAACAGGACAGGUAAAUCAGUCAUGCUGGAGGGGUGGUUAUAGGAAGUAGAUGACAGUUUUAAAUAAGGUAAUCACCAUUGAGAAAUUGAGUUUUGAACAAAGGCUGAAGAGGAUGAGGGAGAUACCCUGAGGGACAAAAAAAUCCAAGUAGAGGGAACAGCCCCUGCAAAGAUCUUAAGGCAAAGAACUACUUGGCAUAUUCAACAAACAGCAAGGAGGCUCUACAGCUGGAGCAGAGGGAGCUAGGUGAGGCUGAUGGAAGAUGAGGUCAGGAACUAGAAAAGAACAAAAUCUAUUUCUUACAGUUCUGGAGGCUGGAAGUCCAAGAUCAAGGGGUCAGCCAAUUCAGUUGCAGGUGAGGGCUCUCUUCCUGGAGUGCAGGUGGAUGCCUUCUUGCUGUGUUCUCAUGUGAUCAUUCCUUGGUCUGUUGGAGUGGAGAGCAAAGGAGAAAGCUCUGGUCUCAUUCUCUCUACUUAUAAGGACUCUAAGACUGUCUGAUCAGGGCUCCACCCUAUAACCUCAUUUAUCUUUCAUUACUUCAGUAACAGCUGUAUCUCCAAAUAAAGUCACAACGGGGAUCAGGGAUUCAAUCUAUGAAUUUGGUGGUGGUGAGGGGGUGGGGGGAGAAGAAGCACAAUUUAGUCUAUGGCAGGGUCUGUAUUGUGAUUUGUCUUGAAACUGGGAUCUAUUUAUUGAAUUAUUGAUAUAAAUUUUCUUUAUCUGUAGGAUAAUGCUCUGACUAGUAAUUAUUUAGGAGUGAUAGAUCUAUUUCUGGAAUAGCUGUGUGCUGUAUUAUUCUCAUUUUAAGAUGAAAUAAACAAUAAAUUUAAUUAUGAAGGCAGAUGUUUAAAAUUAGCCGUGGGGGACUGACUGCUACUGUGUAGGGUGUCAUCAGCAAAUCUUAUUAACAAUUUAGAAGGUGCUUAAAAUAAUAAGUUAAAUCUAUUCUACUACGAGCUCUAGGAUAGAAAGAAUUGUUUUCAAGUCUACUAAUUUCCUUUAUUGAACACACAUUAUAUGAUACUACUAUUCCAAACUAGCUUAUAGUAACAAUUUAACUAAAACUACCAUAUCCUUUGCUUUAUAAUAUAGUCAAAAUAAAGUCAGGUCACUAAGCCAGGAAUGUUAGGAGGAAAAAGAGUAUUGUUGAUCCCUAUUUAGGGAUCUAAACUAAAACCAUCUUUACCUCACCUAAUUUAUGUCUACAUGACUUUCUAAACAACAGAUUAGUUUUAGUCAAUUUAGGGAAGUAGGUUGCCAAUACAAUAAGAGGGAAAAUAAGAGUAAACAGUUUUUUUGAUCCAAUACAUGUGGUAAUGACCGUACUCUUUAUUAAUCUACUUGAGUCAGACACAUAAAUUGUGACUUUAAUGGCACAUUUGGAAUAUGAGCUGCCAAAAUCAGAUGCUUUUGAUAGCAUUCUAGAAAAGGAAGAAACUACAGAAGCUUCGGGCUCAACCCCUUUUUGGUGAUUAAAGUCAUUACUCUAGAGGGACAAUAGGAAUGUAGGAGGUCAUGCCUAGCAGAGUCUGGACUAGAAUUUGAGACUAAGCCUUUUGUUUUCUAAGUAAAUUUUAAGUUUAUUUUAAAAUUUAAAGUAUUUUUUUUCAUUGUUUUAAAUUUUACUUUGAGUUCUGGGAUACAUGUACAGAACAUGCAGGUUUGUUACCUAGGUAUUCAUGUGCCAUGGUGGUUUGCUGCACCUAUCAACCCGUCAUUUAGGUUUUAAGUCCUGUAUGCAUUAGGAAUUUGUACUAAUGCUCUCCCUCCCCUUGUCUCCCAUCCCCUGACAGGCACCAAUGUGUGAUGUUCCCCUCCCUGUUUCCACGUGUUAUCAUUGUUCAAAAACAUAUGGAACAGUUCACAAAUUUGCUUGUCAUCCUUGUGCAGAGGCCAUGCUGAUCUUCACUGUAUUGUUCCAAUUUUAGUAUAUGUGCUGCCAAAGCGAGCACCAGACUAGGUCUUUUUAAGUUGUAUCAAACUUCUCACAUGUACCACCCCACUGUAGAUUUGGAUUAUAUCCAAAAUAUACUGCCAUGCUCUCUACCUAAUAAAACAUUGCUAAGCAAGGAUUACCUGAGGUAUUUCUUGACAAAAAGGAUCUAAAAAUCCAUAGAAGGAUUCUUCAAAGAAUAUCAGAAGUAGCCUUCCUUGUCCUAAGAACUAUGUAGGCACAAUGCUAAAAAUUGCUAUAUUGAAAUUUUAAGAAACUUACAGUAACAAGAGUUAUCAUUUUUUAGUGUAAAGAAUUUUCGGCAGGGUGUGGUGGCUCAUGCCUGCAAUCCCAGCACUUUGGGAGGCCAAGGUGGGUGGAUCCCGAGGUCAGGAGAUCAAGACCAUCCUGGCCAACAUGGUGAAACCCUGUCUCUACUAAAAAUACCAAAAAUUAGCCAGCAUGGUGGCAUGCACCUGUAAUCCCAGCUACUCGGGAGGCUAAGGCAAGAGAAUCGCUUUAACCUGGGAGGCAGAGGUUGCAGUGAGCCAGGAUUGUGCUACUGCACUCCAGCCUAGGCGACAGAGCGAGACUCCAUCUCAAAAAAUAAUAAUAAUAAUAAUAAUUUUCCUGGAAGAGUAUCUUAAGUUUUCUUUACUAGUUCCAUUCCUCUAUUUUAACUAUUUUGCUUUACAUUUCUUUCUCGAAUUUGUGAAAUGUUACUUCCUUCUCUCACUAUCCCUAAAGAGUUUACUCUUACUAACCAGGUACCAUGAUAAGCGCAGGUGAGAAAACCAUGUGUGCCUAUGCGCAUGUCUUCAGCAAGAAAUUGGUGAAUUGUCAUUUUCUUUUGAAACUUAUAGAAAUACAAGAAAUACCUGCGUACCAUAUUUUUAAAACCAUACUGCAAUCAUUUCCUACUUCUAAGUAGCAUGUGAUAUGAAACAGCUGAAAUGUUUCAAAACACAUAUACAUGAAAUGCUUUUUUGUAUUGAGCUUGAUAAAUAGCCUGAGACCUUGGGAAAGUCAGAAUGUUUUCCAAUGUGUCUGAUAUGUCGAGUGCUGUCAUAUUCAUGAGGUUGCAUGGUCAAAUUUGAGUGUGAGAAAUGGCUUGGUUUUCUCAUGCAGAAUGGUAGAGUCAAAACAUUGUGUAAUUGAUUAAGACAUGGUAUAUACUAAAUGUAUACAUACACACAUAUACAUCCAUAUGCACAUACAACUAUACAUAUACAUAUAAAUAUAAAUCUACACACACAUAAAAAUAUAUAUAACCUACUAUGUAUAAACAAGGAUACUAAAUCCUAUGAGAGCUACAAAGACAAAUAAGACAGUGUCCUGGAGAAGACGGCAUGUAAAUGUUUAAAUAACAUUGGUUAGAAAAUGUUCAGGCCUAUGACAACAGGCCAGGAGACUUUAGAUGAUUUUAAGGAAGUUCUAGAAAGGGUAAGGAGACAUGAAGAUCAAUGUUAUCAAACAACAAACAAACCCUCCAAACAAAACACAACAAAAUAAAAUCCACUGCGUCUCCUUCACAACUUGUUUCCUGGGACUGUUGGUCAAGCCAGGUAAGGACAAUCUCUAGGAGCCAUGAACUCCAGGGCUGCCUGGAAUCAAAUUCUUGCUCUACCCUUACUAACUAUGAGACCAGGGAAAACUACUUACCUUCACUGUGCCGGUUUCUUCAUUUGUAGAAUGGAGUUGACGAUCGUGCAUACUUAAUGGUAUUGUCAUGAGGAUGAAGUGGGUAGAUAUAUGUAAAAUGCUCCAAAGCAUGGAAGCGACGCACAGCUUAGAAGGUUGAACUAGGCCUAAACACAGGGAUGGGAUCACUUGGUGUCGGGAGAGGGAAAGGAAGUACUUUCUCUUGCUAUUCCCAAGGUCAGUACAUUUUCCGGCUUUAAAGUCUAUAAAAAAUAAAGUGAGAAAUACUACAUUGGUUCAACCUCAAGCUUACAACUUCAAAGUUAAAAAGUCCUACAAAGUUUGAGUACAAUGAAUCUCAUAAUAGUUAUGUCACAGAGGCUCCCUGUGUGCUUUAUUGGAGUUAAUAAUAACAACUUAAUUAUUUUCCAAAUCAAAUUAUGAGGAACAGAUGAGUUAACAUUGUUUUGUAGACUUUUUCACUUCCUGACAUUUGGGUCAGGAAAAAGAAAACACCUGCCUUUAUGUUGCGUUCCUCCUGCCCCCAUCCCCAGGCCUUCUCUGAGGACAGCAAUGCUCCUUCUCAGGUUAGUUGUGAUCUCUGAGUGUACAAACUGCUUCCUGGGCUGGUGGGCACUUUCAGAAGCAGCCUUUAGGUUAUUACAGCAAAACACAAUGAGAUUUUUUUUUAGCUGAUGUACUUUAUAAGUAGCUGUCACAAGCAUUAUAAAAAUUCUAUUCUUUUAAGAUGUAGACAUCUCAGAGCGCUUUCUUUUCAAGAUUUUUUCUACAGAGUACUUUGAAAAAACAUAACAAAAACAACCACAAAACCCUUUCAGUGAUUUCCAGGUAAGUACUUCCAUUAAUGUUUGUGCUUAGGUCUUUGAGGCUGUGUCACUAAACUGGAAAUUAUUUUCUCCUUCAAAGAUGCUAGAGUUGUUUUUUGUUUAUUUUUCAGUUUUAUUCCUCUCUCUCCUUAACAUGUCAGACUGAAACAAUAGAUGUUUUAUGCCUUUAUGAUAUUGAAAAGGCAUCAAUAGUUUCUUUCCCUGGUGGACCUAUCUUGUUUCAUUGAUUAAUAUUUCCCCCAGGGAGUCCAAUAGGGGUAGGAAAGGACUGUAGAGGGACUGGCCAGGCCUAAGCAGCAGUGCAGGUAAGCUUGCCUGAAAGAUCAAGUUGAGUCUCACACUAUUCUAGAAUGGGGCACUCAGUAAUUUAGAACUGCAGGAAUUAGGGGAAGAGCCUUUGCAUUGUUAAAAGACUGAGUCACCUGAAAAGACAGAAAUUGACUUUGGUAGUAAACAAGUUACAUUUCUAUGCACCCAGGUCGAUGGCAAACUGUUUACACCUUUCGUUUUUUUUUUUUUUUUUUUUCGUCUGAAUUCUCUUUGAUUGCUCGGGAGGCUGAAAGUAAAGGGAAAUUACUGCUUCCAGGAAAGGGAAAUUAUUUUUCUCAACCAGUCACUGAUGUGGAUUGGUGGAAAAAUGCCCACCUACCUCACCUUUUGAGUGAUAACUCUGAGGUGAGUGUUCUAUACCAAUUCCUGGUGCUCCAAUUGCCUAUGGUGGAAACUGGCAUGAUCAUGCCCUCUUAAUUGGCUUCAUUCCCUUCCUUGCCUCUUUUCUCUGUACCCUACCAGGGUUUUCCUGUAGCACCUCCCAAGUAAACUAUUGGCACAUAAAUCUUGUCUCAGAGUUGCCUUCUGGUGGAACCCAGACUAAGGCAACUCAAUCCACCAAAAUACUUGGAGAAGAAGAAAGCAUUUUAUGUCAGAAGUUAGAAAAUGGCAAUGUUCCCAAGUUUUCUUCUUUCUCUCCAAGAAGACCACUGAUGGGUACAGAUGGAAAAAAAUUGAUAGCAUCAAAGUUUAAUUUUUCCCUAGGUGCUAUUGAAGAAUAAUUGACAAACAAAAAUUGUAUAUGUUUAUGGUAUACAGUGUGAUGGUUUGAUACACAUAUGCAUCAUGAAAUAAUCAUCACAAUCAAGCUAAUUCAUAUAUCUAUUACCUCAUAUAUUUGUCCCCCCCCCUUUUUUAUUAUACUUUAAGUUCUGGGGUACACGUGCAGAACGUGCAGUUUUGUUACAUAGGUAUACACGUGCCAUGGUGGUUUGCUGUACCCAUCAACCCCACCAACCUGUCACAUCCAUUAGGUAUUUCUCCUAAUGGUAUCCCACCCCCAGCUCCCCACCCCCUGACAGGCCCUGGUGUGUGAUGUUCCCCUCCCUGUGUCCGUGUGUUUUCACUGUUAAACUCCCAUUUAUGAGUAAGAACAUGCGGUGUUUGGUUUUCUGUUCUUGUGAUAGUUUGCUAAGAAUGAUGGUUUCCAGCUUCAUCCAUGUCCCUGCAAAGGACAUUAACUUAUCCUUUUUUAAUGGCUGCAUAGUAUUCCAUGGUGUAUAUGUGCCACAUUUUCUUUAUCCAGUCUAUUAUUGCUGGACAUUUGGGUUGGUUCCAAGUCUUUGCUAUUGUGAAUAGUGCCGCAAUAAACAUAUGUGUGCAUGUGUCUUUACAGUUGAAUGAUUUAUAAUCUUUCGGGUAUAUACCCAGUAAUGGGAUUGCUGGGUCAAAUGGUAUUUCUAGUUCUAGAUCCUUGAGGAAUCACCACACUGUCUUCCACAAUGGUUGAACUAAUUUACACUCCCACCAACAGUGUAAAAAUGUUCCUAUUUCUCCACAUCCUCUCCAGCAUCUGUUGUUUUCUGACUUUUUAAUGACCGCCAUUCUAACUUUGCCUUCCUUUUUGUGUUGAUAAUACUUAAGAUCUACUAUCUUAGCAAAUUUCAAGUAUGCAUUACUAUUAACCAUGCUGUACAUUAGGUCUCUAGAACUUAUUUAUCUUAUAACUGAAAAUUUAUGCCCUUAGGCUAACAUCUUCUCAUUUCCCACACCCCUAGUCCCUAAUAACCAUCAUUCUAAUAUCUGUUUUUACCACACGUAAGUGAGUUCAUGCAGUACAUGUCUUACUGCAUCUGGCUAUUUCACUUAGCAUAAUGUCCUUCAGGUUCAUCCAUGUUGUCUCAGCUGGCAGGAUCUCCUUCUUUUUAAGGUGGAAUAAUAUUCCAUUGUAUACAUACAUACCAUCCUAUUCAUCUGUCACCAGACACUUAGGUUGAUUCCAUAUCUUGGUUAUUGUGUAUAAUGCUACAAUGAGCACGGGAGUGCAGACAUUUCUUCAACACACUGAUUUAAUUUCCUUUGGAUAUAUACCCAAUAGUGGAAUUGCUGGAUCCUACGGUAUUUCUAUUUUUAGUUUUCUGAGAAAACUACUGUUUUCUUCACGCUGUUUUCUGUAAUGGCUACACCAAUUUACAUUGCCACUGACGGUGUGGAAGGGCUCCCCUUUCUCCAUAUCCUUCCCAACACUUAUCUUUUGACUUUUUGGUAAUAGCCAACCUAACGUGUGUGAGGUAAUAUCUCAUUGUGGUUUUGACUUUCAUUUCUCUGAUGAUUAGUGAUAUUGAUCAUCAUUUCAUAUACCUGUUUGCCAUUUGUAUGUCUUCUUUGGGAAUAUGUCUACUCAGGUCCUUUGCUCAUUUUUGAAUUGGGUUGUUCUAUUGCCAUAGAGCUGUAUUCCUAAGAUAGUUUAGAUAUUAACUACUUAUCAGAUAGAGGAUGUGCACAUAUUUCUUGCAUUCCAUAUGUCUUUUCAUUUUGUUGAUUGUUUUCUUUGCUGUGUAGAAACUUUUUAGUUUGAUGCAGUUCUAUUUGUUUAUUUUUGCUUUUGUUGCCUGUGAUUUUGGUAUGAUAACCAACAAGUCAUUGCCAAGACCAAUGUCAUGGAGUUUUUCCCAUGUUUUCUUCAAGAAGUUUUAUGGUUUCAGGUCUUACACUUGUCUUUAAUCCAUUUUGAAUUGGUUUUUGUGUAUGGCGUAACAUAAAGGUCCAAUAUCAUUUCUUUGAAUAUGGAUAUCCAGUUGUCCCACCUUUUAUUGAAAAGACUAUCCUUUCCUUAUUGGGCAUUUUUGGUGCCUUUGCCAAAAAUUUGUUACUAUAGGUGGGAUUAUUUCCAGGCUCUCUAUUUUGUUCUAUUGGUCUAUAUGUCUACAUUUAUGCUAGUGCCACACUGUUUUGAUUACUAUAGCUUUGAAUUAUAAUUUGAAAUCAGGAAGUGUGAUGCCUCCAGCUUUGUUCUUCCUUUUCAAUAUUGUUUUAGCUAUUCAGGGUCUUUGUGGUUCCAUAUGAAUUUUAGGAUUUUUUUACAUUUCUGAGAAAAAUGUAAUUAGAACUUUGAUAGGGAUUGCAUUGACUCUGUAGAUCACUUUGGUUAGUAUUUAACAAUAUUAAUUCUUCCAAUCCAUGAACUCAGUAUAUCCUUUCUUUUUUUGUACCUCAGAAUUUCUCUUACUCUUUAACAUAAACCAUUUAUUGGUUUUGUUUUUGUUUGCUUGUUUAGAUUCAGGGGGUACAUGUGCAGGUUUGUUACAUGAAUAUAUUGUAUAAUGUUGAGGUUUGGGCUUGGUAUCCCAUCACUCAAAUAGUGAACAUAGUACCCAGCAGGUAGUUUUUCAACCCUUGAUCCCACUCACUUAAGCCUUUUGGAGUCUCCAUUGUCUAUUGUUUUCAUGUUUAUGUCCAUGUGUACUCAAUGUUUAGCUCCCACUUAUAAGUGAGAAUGUGGGAUAUUUGGUUUUCUGUUUCUGUGUUAACUCAUGUAGGAUAAUGGCUCCCAACUGCAUCCAUGUUGCUGUAAAGGUCAUGAUUUUGUCAUAAACACAGUGUAUCUUUCCAUUUGUCUUCUUAAAUCUUUUAAAAUUAAUAUUUUAUAGUUUUCACCGUACAGUUCUUUUACUUACUUGGUUAAAUAUAUUCAUAAGUAUUUUAUUCUUUUUGAUGCGAUUGUAAAUGGGAUUCAUUCUGAGCUGUAACCCUUCUAAUUCCCUCCCUUUAGUACAAAAGGGGUGAUUUCUCUUUAGAGUCAUUCAGCUUUUUCCUUCUGUGCCUAGCUGGCUGAGAUAUGCCUCAGGCUGCCUGCCCUACCAUCACCUAGGAAACUCAUUUUGCUGCCUCUGUCCCUGCUAGUGUGUCUAUUGCCUUGAAUGACAGCUGGGCACCAGCAGUACCUUCAGGGAUUUGUGUGGCUGGGAGCACAGGUCGCUGCAUUCUUCUGCCCCGGGCAGACUGUUGUGCACUGUUGUGUGUGCGUGAGGUGUGCGGCUCCCGUUUUCUGCAGCCAGGCCCACCACUGCUCAGGAAAUUGUCACUGAUGCUGUGAAAACCAGAGAUGUAUUCCUCUGCUCCUGAGUCAAAGAGUUAAGGGUCUCACAGCCCUCACCUACUCUCCCAGCUCUGAGAAACCUGGUAUCUGGCAGGCAGAGUAUCACCUGUGUGUUUUUAGGCUGAGGUUGGCUGUAGUAUCUUCACAGGUUUGGAUACAUUUCACUCCCUCUAUCUCUCCCCGAGGUUCCUGCUCUUUGGCCUCAAGCAUAGCAUGAAAACAUUGUUUGAAAGGCACUGAUGGCUUCAUGUGAUGGUGGUUGGUCAUAUGGCUUCACUAGUUAUUGAUACUGUUGCAGCACAAAGAAUAUUGUGACAUUUCACUGUUAUAUACGUGAUGUCAUUAAAUUGGACAACUUUGUCUUCUUUCAAGAGAUAAAGAAAAAAGGUUUCCUUCUUUUGGAACUGCAGGUGGGUGGGGAUGAGGAGGGGCAUGCUCUUCUCUCCUCAUUAUACUUACGUCUCAACCACUCCUUGUUGAUUCUCUCACCUCACAUCCCCUGGGAAACUUUAUAGGCUGCUCCACAUCAAUCCAGGACUUCCCCUUUUGGAGUCCUAGGCAAUGAAGCAAUCUCCUAGUGCUGCCUAAUACUCAGGAUUUGGAGUGUUAGCAGGAGAUGAGCAGAUAGCCAAGGGCGUGACAGAAGCCACAGGGUUGCUGUUGGGUCCUCUAGUGGAGUGGGGGGCAGGUGGAAUCAGUAGGCAGACUGACGCCCCAAAGGGGCUGGGGAGAUAAGGGUAUGGGUGUACUAGGGCACCAAGCAAGGCAGGGCCCCAAGUAGGAAGAUGCCAUGGGAAUGAAAGAAAAGUCAUUGUAAAGUGUUGAGACUAUAAGGCACUAGUCUAGCAAAUAGCAGCUGUAUUUCCUGCCCAGGUCCUAAACAAGUUGAAAAAUAGAAGAGAAAUGAGAGAGGCCCAAAAUAUCACUUUCAUUUCUGAUAGAAUGAGAAGACCACCUUCCCUGCCGUAUAAAAAGUCUGGCUACCCUGAGGACUCCAUGCUGGAAAGCCCAUAUGGAAAAAUCACAUAAGGAUAGAGAGAGAGGCUGCAGGUGCCACUUCGGCCAUGUCAGUGAGUGAGACUGCAGGUGAUUCCAGUCCCAGAUACUAUUUGACUGCAUGCAGAAUCACUGAGCCAAGCCCUUUCCAUAUUUUUAACCUGUAGAAAUGAUUCAUGUUAAAUAAUUAUUUUAAGCCAUCGAAUUUUGUUAUUUUUAGUUACACAGAAAUGGGUACCCAAAUCCUACAUUCUUAUUUUGAAAACAAAUUGGUUAUCAUCAUUUAUUGGAUAAAACAUUUUGCAGUUAGUAUUAGCAAGCCCUAUGUUUGUGUAUGUGCCUGUGUGUAAGUGAGUGUUUAUUUUUCACUUUAGUGCAUGUUUAUGAAUUAUUAUCAUAUGUUUUGUAGGCUAGCUAACAAAUAACAUCCACGAAAGGCUUGAAAUUCUGCAUUUCUAGCAACCUCCCAGGAGAUGCUGAUGCUACCCAGCCAGGGACCACACUUUGAGCAGUUAGGCACUAAACUAUAUUGUUUCAAAUACCAGCUGGUGGGUCGCAUGCCUCCUGGUAGACUGUAGGUUGUGGUUGGGAUAAUGAACUCUCGCUACCUCACUAGACUGCAUUACAGAAUUUAAAAUUGGAUCAGAACCUCCUGUAACAAAAUGCCAGCCCAAAUGCACUAGCGGGUUUUUCAGGCCCUUCUUCCUUCGGUUCUAUCUGUUCUGUUGCUGCCAACCCUUGUGCCAGGCCACAUGAUAGAGAAUGUUUUUCCAAUGUAACAUGGCCUUGAAUUGUGGCCAAUAUGCUCUUCUGUUUUUGUAGGUUGGAUAGAUUUAAAAUGAAUACAAGGGUUUAUGCUUAUUGAAGUUUAUUUUAAGGCCUUUUGAUAAUUAAUAGAAAUUUCCACCAGAUAAAAGGUUUUAGGAAACUAUAAGUUUGCUAUAAUCCUUAUUAUUGAGGAAGCAGUAUGUUACCAAUAUUUAAGUAGCCAAUAAGCACAAUGUUAGGUUUAUGCAUCUUUAUCAAUUGAAACAACAUAUCUUGAAGUGUCCCAUCCAUGCCUUUCAGAAUCCCCUGCUAACCUGUCAAUCUUCUGAGCAUCCCCGAACUCACCAUCGGUGUCCACAUGACUACCUUUCCUACUUAGCUCAUUGUUGUCCCUAAACUUUUCUCCUUCCCCUCUUUGCAAAAAACCUUCCCAUAUUUUAUCUCAGUGUGCAAAGGUGGUGAGUUGUGUUCAAUCGGCCUCUUGGUUGCACCAAAGUAUUUUCUCUGUCAUUAAGAGGCUGUAUUCCUGUCCCAUAGACCCCUAGUAAUCCCCUUAUGCCCGUACCUCUGACCAACUGGCCUCUCAGGGAACCAGUUUUCCAGGGGUAAAUUUCCCCUUCUUUCCAUCCAUGGCUUUUCAGCCCAACCACAGAGCCUCAUGGAGUUUGGGGUGAAAGACCAGGACACCGACAUGGCCCAUUUUGGCCACCAGGUGGCAGACAAGGAUAACAUUAAGCCUGGGCUGACUCGAACUUGAGGUAGGGAAGAGGCUUUCCUUUUAGCGGACACUGACUGGUGCACAAUGUUUCCCCGACAGUCUGAAAGCAUUUUUUGAGCACAGGCUGCAUGCAUGUCUCUGUUCCCAAAGUGGGUUUCCAGGAUUACUGUUUAGACUUAAUAGUUAUUUUUUAACAGCUUUAUGGUAAAAUAACUUACAAUUAAAUUUACCCCCUACCCCCCCCUUUUUUUUGAGACAAAGUCUUAUUCUGUCACCCAGGCUGGAAUGCAGUGGCACGAUCACAGCUCACUUCAGCCUCCACCUCCUGGACUCAAGUCAUCCCUCACUUCAGCCUCCCAACUAGCUGGGACCACAGGCGCACACCACCAUGGCUGGCUAACUUUAAAAAAUUUUUCUUUUGUAGGGACGAAGACUCACUAUGUUGCCCAGCUGGUCUCCAACUUCUGGAAUCAAUCGAUCCUCCCAUCUUGGCCUCCCAAACUGGUGGGAUUACAGGCAGGCGUGAACCACCAUGCUCAGCCUAAACUCACCCAUUUUAAGUGUACAGUUUGAUCACUUUGAGUAAAUGUAUAAGACAUGCAAACACCAUCACGAGAAGUUUUAGAAUGUUUCUAUCACUCCAAAAGUUCCCGCACACCCUUUUGCAGUGAGUCAUUGUCCUGACCCACACUUCUAGGCAACCACCAAAUUGCUUUUCGUUGCUAUAGUUUCCCUUUUCUAGAAUAUAAAUGAAAUAAUAUAAAUUAUAAAUUAAUAUAAUAAUACUAAUUAUAUAAAUAAAAUAAUUUGUGAUUGGCUCUGUCAAUCAUGUUAUUGAGAUUCAACCAGUAGUUCAGUUCUUUUUUUCUUUCUUUUUUUUUUUUUUUUGAGGUGUACUCUUACUCUGUCACUCAGGCUGGAGUGCAAUGGCAUGAUCUCAGCUCACUGCAACCUCCACCUCCACCUCCCAGGUUCAAGCAGUUCUCCUGCCUUAGCCUCCAGAGUAGCUGGGAUUCCAGGCACCCACCAGCGCACUGGCUAAUUUUUGUAUUUUUAGUAGAGAUGGAGUUUCGCCAUGUUGGCCAGGCUGGUUUCGAACUCCUGACCUCAGGUGAUCCGCACCCCCUGGCCUCCCAAAUUGCUGGGAUUACAGGCAUGAGCCACCGUGCUCAGCCCAGUAGUUCUUUUCUUUUAUUGCUGAGUGGUAUUCCAGACCAUCUUUCCUUUUCUUUAGAGACAGGGUCUUGCUAUGUUGCUGAGGCUGGUCUUGAACUCCUGGGCUUAAACAAUCCUCCUGCCUCAGCCUCCCAGAAUUCUGGGAUUAUAGAUGUAAGCCACUGUACCUGGCCAAUAUACCCCCAUUUUUUCCAUCCAUCAGUUGAUGCACAUUUGAGUGAUUUCCAUUCUUUGGGUAUUUUUAUAAAGCUGCCUUGAACAUUUUCAGACAGUCUUUCGUUUCUUUGGUGCAGAUACCUAGAUACCUGAAUGGACAUUCACCACAUGACACCAUUGGUGGGUGAUGUGGCGAGUGUGUGUUUAACUUUUAAAGAAAAUACCUCGUAUUUAAAGAUCUACACUAGGCCAGGUAGGGUGGCUCACGCCUGUAGUCCCAGCACUUUGAGAGGCCGAGGUAGGCAGCCAGCUUGAGACCAGGAGUUUGAGACCAGCCUGGCCAACAUGGCAAAACCCUGUCUCUACUAAAAAUACAAAAAUUAGCUGGGGAUGGUGGCACAUGCCUGUAAUCUCAGCUUCUUGGGAGGCUGAGGCACAAGAAUUGCUUGAACCUGGGAGGCGGAGGUUGGAGUGAGCCAAGAUGGUGCCACUGCACUCCAGCCUGGGCUACAGAGCAGACUCUGUCUCAAAACAAACAAAUAAAUAAAGAUCUACACUAGUCAAUAAAUAAGUAGAAUUAAAAAAAAAAAAGUCUAACUAUUUUCCAAAAUGACUGUAUGAUUUUUGCAUCCCCAUCAGCCACCUAUGAGGGUUCCAGAUGCUUCCUAUCCUCACCAACAUUUGCUCUUGUGGGCCUUAAAUCUGACUUUUUCAGUUUUCGUUUUUUUCUAGAAUCGGGGUCUGGCUCUGUCGCCAAGGCUAGAGUGCAGUGGCACGAUCAGAGCUCACUGUAACCUUAAACUUCUGGGCUCAAAGGAAUCCUUCCACCUCAGCCUCCUGAGUAGCUAGGACUGCAGGCACUUUAAAAAAUUUUGUAGAGAUGGGAUCUCAUUAUGUUGCCCAGGCUAGUCUUGAACUCCUGGGCUCAAGUGAUCCUCUUGCCUGAGCCUCCCAAAUUGCUAGGAUUACAGGUGCGAGCCAUCAUGACUGACUGAUUUAUUUUUAAUGGGUAUUUAGUGGCAUCUCAUUGCAAUUGGUUCCUUGGGCUUUUAGCCUCUGCUUUAGACUCGUUCUCUCUCUCUGUGAGUCUCUGUCGCUCUACAUAUACUAUAUAUGUAACAUUUCCUCACACACACAGAGGAACGUGCUCCUGAGAUGACUCUUUCUUCAUUUUGCAUUUUUUUUGUUUGUUAUUUGUUUGGGUUUUUGAAACAGGCUGGUUUUUAUUACCCAGGCUGGAGUGCAGUGGCAGGAUCAUGGCUCACUGCAGCCUUGACUUCCUGGGCUCAGGUAAUCCUCCCACCUCAGACUCCUGAGUAGCUGGAAUUACAGGCAUGCACCACCAGCCCAGCUGAAAAAAAAAAAGAAAAGAAAAAAAAUCUGUAGAGACAGGUUCUCACUAUGUUACCCAUGCUGAUCUUGAGCUCUGGGCUCAAGUGAUCCUUCUGCCUCAGCCUCCCAAAGUGCUGGGAUUACAGGCGUGAGCCACAAUGCCUGGCCUUCGUUUAACAUUUUUAUGAUUCCCUUAAUCAUCAUCAAUGACAAGACCUCUGAACGAUAGCACAGUAAGGGGUGGAGUACAUGGCGACGUUCACCCCAGCAGUCAUACACAGCAGCCCAGGGAUUUGGAAGAAGUUGCCCUGUUAACAUAAAGGAGAUUUGUUACUGGAUUCUGAGCUGGGAGGAGCUGGGUACCUCUUAGCACCCACAGCCCGGGUAUUAAUUAGGGCAUGAGAACUAAGGGCAGAGAUAGUAUCUACCAAGGCAGGAAGCUGGGAGGAUGGCUGGGGCCACAGCCAUGUUGGAUGGGAGACACUGAAUCAACAACAGGCUGUGCUGUUGGGUGGAGGUCAAGAGCAACUUCUUGGGGAGACUGGAAAGAGAGAAAGUAGGGACGUCAAAGGUGGAUGACUUUAGCUUUGCUAGAAAUAAGAACAGAAGGGCCAGUCAUGGUGGUUCACACCUAUAAUCCUAGCACUUUGGGAGGUGGAGGCAGGAGGAUUGCUUGAGCCCAGGAGUUCGGACCAUCCUGGGCAAAAUGGGGAGACCCCCGUCUCUACAAAAAAAAAAAAAAAUACAAAACAUAAAAAAUUAGCCAGUCAUGAUGGCACACACCUGUAGUCCCAGCUACUUGGGAGGCUGAGGUGGGAGGAUCACUUGGACCCAGGAGGUCAAGGCGGCAGUGAGCCAAGAUCAUGCCACUGCACUGAAGCCCGGGUGACAGAGCAAGACCUGGUCAAAAACUAAAAAAAAAAAAAAAAAAAAAAAAAAAAAAACCCUAAAAAAAAAAAAGGAAAGAAAGAAAGAAAAAAGAACAGAAGAAUGGAGCAAUAGCUGGAGGGCAAAGUGGGUCAAGGCCGGCUUUGUAUGGUGGUAUUUACACAGGAUCUGUUUGCAGCUGAUGGGAGGGAUGCCACAAAAGAGACAGCCCUGAGGAAGUGGGAGGGGACCAGAGCCUUGUGUUCAUAGGUAGGUCCCAGAGCUGGGACUACAGCAAGGCAAGCAAGUGUAAAAUUUAGGAGGCACUCAUUCUCAGGUGCCGACUCUCUACUGGUAUGACCCUGGGGAUGAGUGCCUCUUUAACCUUUAUGCCCUGGGUGCCUUGCUGGCCUGUUUCAUCCUAGUCCUGGCCCUGGCAGGCCCAUCUACAAUGCUAGGAGGGAGGGCAGACCUUGCUGCAGGGUGUUGGGAAACUUGGCCUUGGGAGCAGAUGGAGAUCUCUCCUGACAGCAUCCAUACCUGAAGGCGGAAGGCAGGAUUGCCGGCGGAGAAGAGAUCCAGGUGCCUUGAUGUGAGUGUUGACGGUGGAAAGCAGGCCAGAGCCAGGUACUAAAAUCUUCAGCAAAUGAUCAAUGGGGUGUGGCUUGAGGGUGGCGGGGCUGUGAUGGAAACAAGAAGAGGAGGGUGGAGGAGGGAAGGAGGAAGGAUGAAGGUCUGGCGGCAGCUCUGAAAAGCAGAGCGCCCCACCCCAGGCUGCCGGGGAAGAUUCAGGAAGCUGCAAUAGUUUUUAAUUGAUUGUUUUUUUAGAGACAGAGUCUUGCUAUGUUGCCUAGACUGGCUUCAAGCUCCCAGGCUUAAACAGUCCUCCUGCCUCAGCCUCCUGAGUAGUUGGGACUAUAGACUUGUGCCACCAUGCCCAGCUUGCACUGGUUAUUUUUGGCAGAAGGGAAGUUUCAUCAUAAAGCCUUUCUCUUCAGCUCCGGGUGCCAGCUGGAGCCCCAGAAGAGGAUCAGGCAUCGUGUUUAGUCACAACCCCCACUCCUUCAUUGGGCCAGCAAAUAUCUAUCCAUCUUCCCACCGUCUACUCGCAGCCAACCAUGUUCCUGACACUGAAGCCAGAGGGUCUUGCUCUAUAGCCCAGGCUAGAGUGCAGUGGAACAAUCAGAGCUCACUGCAGCGUCGACAUCCUGGGCUCAUGUGAUCUUCUCACCUCAGCCUUCCAAGUAGUUGGGACCACAGGUGUGCACCAUUGCACCUGGCUAAUUUUUUUAUUUUUUUAUUUUAAUUUUUUUUUUUGAGCCAGAGUCUCGCUCUGUUGCCCAGGCUGGAGUGCAGUGGCGUGAUCUCGGCUCACUGCAACCUCCGCCUCCAGGGUUCAAGUGAUUCUCCUGCCUCAGCCUCCCGAGUAGCUGGGACUACAGGCGUGCGCCAUCACACCCGGCUAAUUAUUUGUACUUUUAGUAGAGAUGGGCUUUCCCCAUGUUAACCAGGCUGUCUUGAACACCUAACCUCAAGCGAUCUGCCGGCCUCGACCUCCCAAAGUGCUGGAUUACAGGCGUAAGCCAUCGCACCGGGCCACUUUCCGUGUAUUUCUAAUUAACUCCUCACUCCAUUCCCAGCCCUUGCCAAACAAUGAUCUCUUCCAGAGUGACACGUAAAUGUGAUUAAACAAGUAUAUAAAUUUUUGAAUCUGGUUUCUUUCACUAAGUAUUAUACAUUUGAGAUUCAUCCAGAUUGUUGUGGGUAUUGGUAGUUCUUUUUAUUUCUGAGUAUAAUUUCAUUGCACAGAUCCACCACAAUUUGUUUAUCUGUUUACCAGUUGAAAGGCAUUUGAGUUGUUUCCAGUUUUUGAUAUUAUGAAUAAACUCAUUAUGUAUAUAUUUGCUUAUAGGUUUGUAUAUGGACAUAAUAUGUUCAUUUCUCUGGGAUAAAUACCUAGCAGUAAAAUUGCUGUGUCUUAUGCUAAAGUGUGUUUAAUUUUUAAGAAACUUAGCUGGGUGUGGUGGCAUGUGCCUGUAGUCUCAGCUACUCUAGAGGCUGAGGCAUGAGGAAGCUUGAGCCUGGGAGGUCAAGGCUGGAUUCAACUGUGAUCGCACCGCUGUACUCCAGCCUGUGUGACAGAGCAAGACCCUAUCCCAAUACUACUACUACUACUACUAAACAAUUUUAUAAGAAACUGCUAAAAUGUUUUUCAAAAUGGCUGUUCCAUUUUGUAUUCCACCAGCAAUGUAUGAGUGUUCCAGGUGCACUAUAUCCUGGUCAGAACUUGGUGCUGUCAUCAUUUUUUUUUUUUUUUUUUUUUUCGAGAUGGAGUCUCACUUUGUCGCCCAGGCUGGAGUGCAGUGGUGUAAUCUCCACUCACUGCAACCUCCGCCUCCCAGGUUCAAGCGAUUCUUCUGCCUCAGCCUCCUGAGUAGCUGGGAUUACAGAUGUCUUCCACCCCACCUGGCUAAUUUUUAUAUUUUUAGUAGAGACAGGGUUUCACCAUGUUGGCCAGGCUGGUCUCAAACUCCUGACCUCAGGUGAUCCACCUGCCUUGGACUCCCAAAGUGCUGGGAUUACAGGUGUGAGCCACUGCGCCUGGCCAGUGCUCUCAUUAAAAAAAAUUUUUUUUUUAAAUUUAGGCUCUUUUAAUAGAAUGUAAUGGUAUAUCAUUGUGGCUUUAAUUUCUCCAAUGACACCUGAUGUUCAACAUCUUAUUAUGAGCUUUUUUGCCAUCCUUAUAUCUUCUUUGUUGAACUCUAUAUUCAAAUCUGUUGCCUAUGUAUUUUUAUGAAAUUGUUUCCUUAUUAUUGAGCUCAAGAGGUCUUUACAUAACCUGGAUACAAGCCCUUUAUUAGAUUUGUGUUUUGCAAAUGUUUUCUCCAAGUUUCUGGUUUGUGUUUUUAUUCUAACAGUAUCUUUUGGAGAAAAACUUUUAAAUUAUGAUAAUGUCUAAUUUAUCAUAAUUUUAUGGAUCAUAUUUUUGGUGUCAUGUCCAAGAAAUUUUUGUCUAAGUUAAGGUCACAAAGAUUUUUAUUGUAGGUUCUCCUGUAUGUGUUUUAUAGUUUUAUAUUUAUGAAUACGAUCUAUUUUAGUUUUGGUAUAUGAUACAAGGUAUGAAUUAAAACUCUUCUUUUUACAUACAGAUGUCCAAUUGUUCCAGCACCAUUUGUUAAAAACCUAUACUUUCUCUAUUGAAUUGCAUUUUGCAUUUUUGUGAAAAAUUGCCUGUGUAUAGUUACUGUAUUUCUACUAUUUAUUCUAUUUCAUUAAUCUACAUGUCUGUCUUUUCACCAGAAUUACACUCUGUUAUAAUAAAUCCUGAAGUCAGAUAGUAGGAGUCUUCUAAAUUUGUUGUCUUUCAGAAGUAUUUUGGCUUUUUUAUUCUUAUGAAUUUUCGUGUGAAUUUAGAAACAGCUUGUGGAUUUUAAAAGAAAAUGUCUGCUUGGAUUUGAAUGGAAUUGUGUUGCAUCCAGAUCACUUUGAGGAAAUUUCUAUCUUAAUUCUAUUGAAUUUUCCAACAACAGACAUGAUGUAGCUCUCUAUUCAGCUCUUCUUUGAUUUUUUAAAUAGAGAUUUACAGUUUUUGGCACAGAAUCUGGAUAUGUUUUGUUAGAUUUAUAGCUAAGCAUUUUAUGUUUUUGAUGCUGUUUUAAAAUUUUAAUUUCCAACUGUUCAUUGCUGCCAUACAGAAAUAAAAUAGAAAUACAGAAAUACAGGGUACAAAAUAAACUUGACCUUGUUUCUUUCAUUCUAGAUAGUAUUGCUUAUUAGUUCUACUAAGUUUUUGUUAAGUUCUUUGAGAUUUUUCUCCACAAGCAAUCAUGCUAACUAAAAAUAAAAGCAAUUUUGUUUUUAUUUCAUUUAUUCCAAUCUGGAUGCCUUUAUUGUAAUUUUUUUUCCUUUUAUUGCACUGACAAGGACCUCAAGCAAAAUCUUGAAUAUAAGUUGUGAGAGAGGACAUCCUUGCUUUGUUCUCGCAUUCAGAGAGAAAGCAUCCAGUCUUUCCUCACUAACUGAGAAGUUAGCUAGAAGUAUUUCAGAGAUGCUCACUAUCCAGUUGAGGAAGUUCUCCACUAUCCCUCUAUGCUGAGAGAUUUUAUCAUGAGUGGAUAUUAAAUUUUGUCAAAUAGUUUUUCUACAUCCUGUGGGAUGAUUAUCUGGUUUUCUGCUUUCACCUGUUAAUACGAUAAAUUACAUCUAUUGAUUUUAAAAUGUUCAACCAGAUUUACAUUUCCUGAUAUAUUUAAUCAUAGCAUGUUAUCUUCUUUUUAUUCCUGAAUUCAACUUGCUCGUAUUUUCUUGAGGAUUUUCACAUCAAUUUCAAUACUAUGUCCCCUAUUUUAUGAGGAAUAUUAUUGGGAGUUUCCUUUCCUUGCUUUCUUUCUUGUAGUAUCUUUGUCUGGUUUGGGUGUCAGUAGAGUGCUGGCCUUACUGAAUGAUUUUCAUGCAGUGUUCCCUCCUCUUGUAUUUUCUGGAAUAGUUUGUGUAGAAUUGGUUUUCAUUCUUUUUAGCUUAAUUUACAAAACCAUAUCCUUGGAAAGACUUUCCUGGCAUUCCAAUCUAAAUUAGAUUCCCUCUGCUAUGAUCUCCUUUAGUGUCUUUUUUUUCUUUGUAGGUUUUAUUGUGAUUUAUAAAUAUAUAAAUGUGUUUUAGGCUUAUUCCUGUAAUGUUUUCAUCUUAUUCCAAGAGUCCAGUCCCAUUUCUUUGUUCAUCAUGAUAUACUCAUUGCUUAGCACAGUAUCUGAUACAUAAUAAAUAUUGCCUGAAUAAAUAAAAGAAUAUCUGGGGUUUAACAAAUGUCAUUAUUUAUUAUUCAUCAUUACAGUUGUAAGCAUUAUACCUAUAAUUGCUUACUAUGUAUGUAACUGUACGAUAGAGACAAGGAAAGCACUUAACACACAAUAAUAAUGGAUAUUAAAACAACAUAAUAUUGUAAUAUAACUAGAUCAUCACUUACAUAGUCGUAGAGUUAGAAUUACCAUAAAUUACUUUAAUCCUGAUAAAAAUGCUUUUGUGCUUUGUCAUGUGUUUUGAAAGAAAAACACAAAAUUUUGUAAAAUGUUAGCUCUCACAUUUAGCCUUAGCAUGAAAAAAAGAAUAAUUUAGUAGAAAUGAGAUUUUAGUUAUUUAGCUUUCAAAAAUUAAAUAUGACAAAUUUAAACAAAGAACUUAUGUUAUGUAAUACUGUCAAUAUUUUCUAACUUUAUUUCUUUUUUCAAAUAAAAUCUACUAAAUAUACUUUGGUAACGCAAAUAGCAAAUUGGUUAUAACAGGAAACUACAGAGCAUAAGGUCCAAAUGUGGGGGCACUGGAGCAGCCUUAUCUGCAGAGGCACACAAAGGAGAAAGAUGACAGAAGUGUUUACAAUUCUAGUGGCUUCCAUUUCAAAUAAAUUUUCAACUUGUUCCCAGGUAAACAGCUGCUGGAAGUUCUCUUUUGCAGCAGCAUUAGUGGUUUUGGAGGGUAGAAGAGAAGUGACGCCUAUGGUUAGCUAAUUGAACACGAUCUAGAAAUGUGACAUUAAGUUUAGCCCACAGCUAAACAAUUUUACAAUUUUAAGUUCAGCCUAAAGGUUUCUUUGUACAUAGUGAAAUGUAAGUUAAGUAGACAUGUAAACAGGCUGUCACCUACUCUUGUACCAAUCACUGAGUUUCAGCCAAUCCAAGGCAGCCAACUUUGAAAACCAUGUUUAAGUAAGGCAAACGCCAAGCUGGAACCAAUCCUACUGUUUCUGUACUUCACUUCUGUUUUCUGCAUAUUUUCCUUUUUUCUGUCCAUAAUCUUUGACCAUCUAGUGCUGGACUCUCUCUGAAUCUAUUCUGUUUCAGGGACUGCACCAUUAGUGAAUUGUUCUUUGCUUAAUUAAACUCUGUAAAAUUGAAUAUGUCUAGAUUUUAUCUUUUAGCAGAAGAGCUCAUGACUAUGUUGAAAAUAAAACAAAAAACCCCAAAUCUAAAUGAAAGCCAAAGUAACUUUCCCUUGCCAGCUGAGUUUCAUUCAUUCAUUUUUUUUCAACAAACAUAGAAGGCAUAAUACGUAGCAAGUGUUAUGACAGGGGAUAGAGAUGAAAUGCGGAUCCCAAUACAUGUAGCACUUGUCUUCAAGGAGCUUUCAGUAUAAUGAAAAAAUAUGAACAACAUACAAGAGAUGACAGAAAGUGACAUUAAGUCCUUUGAUAUGGGAUGUGCAGGGAUUACGGUCAUACAAACAGGAGGAAUAUUCACCUAGGUAGGGAGGAGUUAUUUGGGGAAGGUUUCCUAUUUAAGCUGAUGUUUGAAAGAUGUGUAGGAACUAAGUAUACAAAAGGAGGUGAGGAGAGGAAUGAGUGUUAUGAGCAGACACAUCAACACUGUUAACGACAACCAGUAUUUUGGGGGCAUAUCCUAAAUGAGAGGUACUAUGCUAAGAAUUUCACAUGAGUAGUUGUAAUCUCAUUUGAUCUUUACAGUGACCCUAUGACUUGAGUGUUAUUGUUCCAAAUUUAGGAAUGAGGAUGAGGAAACUGGGACACACAGAAUUUGGAAACCUGCCUCAGGUUACACAGGUAGAGCCAGGAUUUGAAAAGUGUUGCUCUGUGAGUGGCUGGUUUCAGGAGGGAAGUUCAGAAUAGCUGAAGUGCAUGAUGUGGAUGAAUGGAGGCUGUUAGAGGAGGGAAAAGGGGAAAUGAUGAGAAAUGAUGUUGGAAAGGAAGGAUGUAGAAGUCAGAUUCCAAAGGGCCUUGCAAGCCUCAUAAGGGAGAUACUUAAAUAUCACUUAAAUGGUAGCCAUCCUAUCCGCACUUUAAAUUCCUGCUUCAAAAGUAUUUCUGGAGCUCCUUCAUCCUACUUGAUGUAGUGAAGAAUAUAGUCCUGGCUCAGCUGCUAUGACUUAAACAUGACAGACUGUAUUCCAGUACAAACUGAUUUUGGUUGAGGAGUUUUUACACCCUAGAGUAAAAUAAUUCGAAACAAACUUACUUAUAUGAACUUAUAUCUUCCUGACAAACAGCAUUCAUUGACUAUAGUUCUUUUUGCUGAAGUAUAUUUCUUUUAUUUUAAUCUUUGCAUUAGAUAGGACACAAUGGACUGUCCUAUUUUGUGGUAAGGGUAACUUGCAAAUAAUCUGUUAUAAAAAAUAAAGUGUUGCACUUUGUGAAUGUUUUAAUAUAAUUUAAAAAGUAAACUCAGAUUUAAAAUUUUCCUUAUAUAUAACCAUCAUAUUAGAAUUCUCUUUUGAGUGGAAGAGGAAGAAGCGUUAUUUUUAAUACACAUACUAUUGGCUACGGAGGUGUUUCAUGCAUGACAAUGACAUUUGGCAAGUAUAUCAAGACAAAUGAUCAAUGGACAAAAAGUGUGGCGCUCUGGGAGGGUGGGGGGGGAUCCAUUUAAAUAAGGAAUGAGCUAGUGGUUACAGGAGGCUACAUUCUUUUUUUGUUUGUUUUUUUUUUUAUGAAGUCUCGCUCUUUCACCCAUGCUGGAGUGCAGUGGUGCAAUCUCAACUCACUGCAGCCUACCAGGAGGCUACAUUCUUAAUCCUAGCAAAUCACCUUAUACUCAAAGAGCCAGGAAAAAGAGUAUAUGUACUAGGGGUUCUCCAAAGAAACAGUACUAAUAGAGGAGAGAGAGACAGAGAUAAUAAAUAGAUGGAUGAUAUAGAGAUAGAUAGGUGAUAGAUAGAUGAUCAAUAUAUGAUAGAUGAGAUAGAUGAUAGAUAAUAAAUGAUAGAUGAAUGAUUGAUACAUGAUAGAUGAUAGAUUAUCAAUAUAUGAUAGAUGAUAAAUAGAUGAAUGAUAGAUGAUCGACAGAUGAAUAAUAGAUGAUAGCUGAAUGAUUGAUAUAUGAUAGAUGAUAGAUGAAUUAUCGAUAGAUGAUAGAUAGAUGAUAGGUGAUAGAUGAAUGAUAGAUGAUAGAUGAAUGAUAGAUGACAGAUAGAUGAAUGAUCAAUACAUGAUAGAUGAUAGAUGAAUGAUCGAUAUAUGAUACAUAGAUGAUAAAUAGAUGGAUUAUAGACAGAUGAAUGAUAGAUGAUAGAUGAAUUAUCGUUAUAUGAUAGAUAGCAGAUGACAGAUAGAUGAGAGAUAGAUGAAAGAUAGAUGGAUGAGAUGAGAUGAUUUAUGAUGGGAAUUAAUGCAAGGGAUUAUGGAGGUUCUUCUGAAAUAAAAUGGAAGUUUUGUCUUUGUGUCUGCUUGAGUACCUGCUCAGGAACCCUGACCUUAGUUCUAAGAAUGCAACAAAUUCUAAUUUUUGGAUUGCUAAUUCAGGAUUAAAGAGAAUCCUGUACAUUCCCACUUUAUUAUUAACCACCUUGAAUGUGGAAAAAGGGACCUGUGAAAUUAUGGUUGAAGUGAGGGGUAAAUAUGGAGAAAAAGAAGGGAGCUUACCUGUAUUCACUAGACUUUUAUUUAGUUCCAGGGCUUAUUUAUGAAGGGGCCCAAGAGAGUCAAAGCGGUUUUCUACAAAUUCAGCGGCCACAUUAAUUUUCUCACACACUAGAGCUGCCACUUAAAAAUAUUAAAAUAAAAAAAUCAAUGUUGACCAUCUAACAGGAUUAGUUGACUCAGCUACUAAGUUACUAAUUUGCUUCAUUUUUGGAAGACAUCCAGCAUCUGAGAAUUGGACUUUUCCUAGAAGUUCACUUGGUACUUUCGGGUAAGUCCUGGUUCAUCUGCAGAGGAUCCGAGGGGAAAGCCUGAUGGGACCCACGGCCGCUCUGAGAGGAAAGGGGUGCUGUGGGGUGCGGGAGGAGGAGCUGGGAAGCAGGAGAGUCCCGGGACUGGAUCCAGCUGGAAAGGGGGGCAAAUGUGCUCCCGGAAUCAGGGUAGGGACCCUCUAGGAAUGGGGCGUUCCGAGAGGUAGGCGUCUGGAACAUUGGCUAGGGGUCCUUGGAGGUGAUUUCUGGGAAGGGAAGGUCUGGGGCAGGGCUGUGAGGAGUCAGGAAAGAAACUGUGGAGUCCGUUCCUCACCCACCUCCUGAGCCCUAGGUUCCGAGGCUCCCAGGUCAGGGGGUUCAGUGGCGCAGGAGGGUCCAGGGCAGGAGUCGGUGAGUUGCCUCUCAGGUCCGCCUGUAAAGGAACUCUGACCCAGAGCGUGAGGGGGGCCCAGGAAGCCGCUGCGCCCACCCAGGGAAAGCCCGCCCCACCCCAUUGUCCCUGGAGCCGGCGGCCCCGCCCCUCUUCCCAGAGUGGGCGGGGCAGCAAUUGCCUGCUCAGCUUUCCUUGUGAUGCCUCACACCCACCUGGACGCGCUGCUGCCUGGCCACGCCUCCUUUGUCUGUCAUCUUUCUCGUCGACCAAUGGGCUUGGAGGAUGGCGGCCACGCCCCCUAUUCUGCGCUGUAGUAGGCCCUGGUUACGCCGCCUCUGGUCAGUCGCACAGUUGCGCGGUGGCCGACAGGACGUGUUCCCCAGUGGUAGGCCGCAAUCUAGCUGAUGUGGCCCCAACCCCACAUUCCUUCCCGCCCUGCAAUGUCUGAAGAAACCCUACAGAGCAAAUUGGCGGCUGCAAAGAGAAAGCCAUGUCCUGGAACAUGUUGAACUGUCAAGACGUCGGAAUUUCAGUAGACAAUGAAUUCAGACAUCUGUGGAAUGGCCUUGGGCACACUGUGUUUAUGGGGAAAAAAGCAGAAGAGAAAAAUGUGUUAUAUAAAUUUAUGGGUGCAAAUAAAUAAAGCAAGUUCUUAGUGACUUAUGAA